AUGUAUUUGGAUCCGCCGCCGCCGACCGGAGCUUGGGAAACGGCGACGACUCCAGUCGUGUUGCGGCCGUGUCGCCGUCUGCCAGGGUGGGGAAAGAGGAGGGGGCAGCGUCGCAGUCGCAGCCAACUGUCGCGUCUUGCACAACCCACGAAUUUUACUCUGGUGGACAAAUUUCGUUUUUGUCCAUUGUACAAUUUUACAGGAAAAUCGCUAUCGUAUGACCAUGGCGGAGCCCUUGUUCUCAAGACCAAAGAAGGCUACAAACAGAUCGGCAUUGCCAGCUUUGUGUAUGACAAGUGCGACGUACCUAUACCUGGUGGCUUCUCCAGGGUAACCUACUUCCUCGACUGGAUCACAAAAACUGCUGAAAUUACUGAUGACUGA